AUUUUUUCUUCAGGCAUGGCUUCAAAGAUGGUUAUGAACCGACUAAGAUCCCUCUACAGAAUCUCUCAACUCACCGAUAUUCGUUUCGAUAAACUCAGACACAAUAAUUUCAAAUUCCCAUUUUGUAAUCAAGUAAAAUGGCGUUCUUAUUCCGAAGCUUCUCAGCCAAUUCCUACAAAUCCUCCAUCACCUAAUACGUCUACAAAUACAACUACAAGUUCUCUCAAUGAAUUUGAACUUGCCAAAUUCUCAGCCAUUUCUGAAACCUGGUGGGAUGCAGAAGGACCCUUUAAGCCAUUACAUCUGAUGAAUCCUACAAGACUUGCUUUCAUUAGGUCCACUCUUUGUCGGCAUUUCAGAAAGGAUCCUAAUUGCACUAGACCUUUUGAAGGACUGAAGUUCGUUGACGUUGGUUGUGGAGGUGGAAUCUUAUCUGAGCCUUUGGCUCGAAUGGGGGCAACUGUCACGGGAGUUGAUGCUGUAGACAAAAAUAUUAAGAUUGCGCGCCUUCAUGCGGAUUUGGAUCCACAGACUUCCUCAAUUGACUAUCGGUGCACAACAGCUGAAAGCCUGGUUGAAGAACAGAGACAAUUUGAUGCUGUGCUUGCUCUAGAGGUGAUUGAGCAUGUAGCAGAUCCUGCUGGAUUCUGCAAAUCGCUAUCAGCAUUGACCAUUCCUGGUGGUGCUACAGUGAUAUCAACAAUUAAUCGUUCAAUGAGAGCAUAUGCAACAGCAAUUGUUGCAGCAGAGUAUCUCCUACAUUGGCUUCCCAAAGGGACACAUCAAUGGUCAAGCUUUCUAACACCAGAGGAACUAGUCCUUAUUCUUCAGCGUGCUUCUAUAUCUGUGCAAGAGAUGGCUGGAUUUGUAUACAGCCCUUUGACGGGUCGCUGGUCCUUGUCUGAUGACAUCAGUGUUAAUUUCAUUGCUUUCGGAACGAAACCAGCCAAUAGGGAUGAACCUCUAGAUUAAGUUGGAAUAAAGUUGUCAAUCUUAUUCUGCUCUGAUCACUUUAAUCCAUCUUGUAAUUGUAUGUAAUCUCUUUCUUCAGUUUAUUUGCACCGGUCAAUGCAAUGCCCAACGGCUCUCACAUUUUCUGUUUCCCUUAAGAGGGAUUGAGCUAUACCAUUUUUCUUUCCGAAUAUUUUGAAUUACAUCAAGUUAUAGGCAAAUUUCAGAAUUGGAAUAUUGUAGGGAGACUGAAAGUCUAUCCACGACUAAUACUUU